CACCGUGCAGGUAAAACAGUUUAGCGGGAGGUUUCAGUAGUGUUCUGGGAUUGUUGUGCUGUGUUUGGAAAGCGAGACUAAAAGCGAGAAUAGAAACUGCGCAGAAGAAAGGACACACAGCUCCCUGAGCUCCAGCCCUCCUUACCCAAGUGUGCAGCUCUCUGACAGAGGGGGCGGUAAUCCAAAGGCAAAAAGUUUGGAGUCUUCUGAUUAUUUCCAGAAUGUUGCAGUGAUGCAGCCAAAAGUGGAGUGCACAGUGCAUUUACAAGUGAGAAAUGAAUCCCUGUCAGCAAAAAAUGUCUGUUAUGGCUUGAGUUUCUCCUGAGUAGACACAAUGGUGCGGGAACGAGAAUGCAUCUUGUGCCACAUUGUUUCCAGUUCCAAAAAGGAAAUGGACGAGCACAUGCGGAGCAUGUUGCAUCACCGGGAGUUGGAGAACAUAAGGGGCAGAGACUGCAGCCAUGAGUGUGGUGUCUGCCAGGUAACAGUGGUGGGGCUUUCAACAUAUGCCAAGCACAUAUCUAGCCAGCUGCACAAGGAUAAUGUUGAUGCCCAAGAACAGGAGGAAGAAAAGGAGGAGGCUGAGCAAGAAUACUUUGACAAGGAACUUAUCCAGUUGAUAAAACAAAGGAACGAGCAAAGCAGACUAGAAGAAAUUUCGAGCUUAUCUAAAGGACAUAAACCUGAUGGCAAACAGCAAAGACUAGAAAACCAUGUCUCAUUUAAUGACCUGGGUGCACAAGCAUGGCAUCGCUGUGAUCCAACAAAGAGAAGCUGGCAGUGGCAAAAUGAAUGUUAUGCCAAUAAUAGGCAAGGCAAUUAUUUGCAUCCUGCUUUGACCGUUAAUCCUAACAUGCAUAUUGGUGGUCCUAGAGGACAAGCAAGUUGGAAUACAAAUGGUCCAUCGAACCACCGUUUGAACCAUAAUCAGAAUGGGGGCUCUUGGCACUCCAAUGCAGGGGGCACAGCAAACUGGCAACAUCGAGGGACAGGAGGAAAUUUUCACUGGUAUCCAGAAGGCAAUGGAAACUUUCCUAACCAGCAUCCUAGAAAUUGUGGUGGAAACUGGCCAAAUAUUCACUAUAGUAGCAACAACUGGAACUUUGGGGAUGUUGCAGAAACAUUUCCACGUGGAAGGAAUAGGCCUUUAGAAAACUGUGAUUCCACUCAAGAUAAUGAUUCGGGAUGGAAUAAUCAUUGCACAUCCAGCACAUUCAAUAAAUCAAGAUCACUCUGGAAAAUAAAAGAUAAGAAAAGUGGAGCCCGUCAAUCGGACCUAUCGGACCACCAGUCAGCCCCUAAACCAGCCCGUCAACGAGCCCCUCAACCUGCCCGUAAACGAGCUCCUCAACCAACCCCUGCACCAACUUCGCAACCAGCCCGUCAACCAGCUAAUCAGCCUCCACAAAAUACAAAUAAAGUGUCUUCACAAGAUGGCAAUGAUUUCACCAGUGACACAGUCCCUGAUAACAAUCUUUUUGGGUUUACAGUAUCUGAUAAAACUAAAUCAAAGCCAGUACUUUCUAAAGACAAACCAUUGAGAUGGGCUCCAUAUCCAUCACAAAAGGGAGCAGAGGCUCUGCAGCCAUUUCCAAAAAGUUUAGACACUAAUUUGCCAUUCCAGUUUUCAGAGGUGAGCAAUUCAGAUGCAAAUACAGACAAAGCAGAGAAUGUAUCAAACCCUCAAACAGGGGAAGAUCAAACUAAGCCAGAUACUUAUGUUGAUGUAUGUUGUACCAAGAAGACUGACCAAGCUGAUCUAAAGUGUACUAGAAUGCCUUCUCUAAAAUCUUCACUACGGUCUGUUCCAGAUUUUAAAUCUAGCUUGAAGAAGGAUGGAAAAAAUACUUUGAAAAUGGCAAAACUUCUUUUUCCUUUGAGUUUUGAAGAGCGACAGAGUGGGUUGAGUGCACUAAAUUUAGAAACCAGGCCCACUUUCAAAUUGCAUAGCUCUUCUAAGAACUUAAAGAACAAUCAUCGGACCCAAGGCAGCAGCCAGAAAGAGCCAGUUGAAACACUUGGUGAGGUUUUGCAGAAAGCAAAAGAAAUGCUGGAGAAUAGUCAGGCAGUUCAGAGUCAUUACUUUUCUCCUCCCAAGGAUAAUUUAAUAGAUCAAAACUUAAUAGCUAAUGUACCAAACUAUCCCCCAAAAACAAAAUACAUUUCUGAAGAUAAACUGGGAAAUGGUGGUCAAAACCAGCCUUCCUCGAAUAAAGCUACAAUAUUAGACAAUGAACAUCCCUGUGAUAGUGUUCGGGUUCAAGAUGCUAAUAGUGAAAAAACUGAAGGCAUGUUGGGAAAUGUAGCAAACUUCUUGGACAUAUGCACCAAAUCUGAUCCCAAUACGUUUUCCAUAGAACCGAAAAUUGAUAGCUUUAGGCCGCAGUACAUGCCAUCCACUGAGGAAGAAAACGAAGACAAUGAUGUUACUCAUCAACGUCAAGACAGCAAUGAUGUUGAAACUUUUGAAAAUGUUUCUGACCUUGAACUACAGAAAGGUGCUAGUAAUUCAUCAGGUUCAGUAUUACCUGAGUUAAGUAAGCUUGGACUUCCUGCUUCAUUCCAGAGGGAUCUUACUAGACAUAUUAGUUCCCGAAGCAAAACGGGAUCACAUCUUCCCGAGCCCAAUCUUCAUAAUGCUCGUCGGAUCAGAAAUGUGAGUGGUCAUCGAAAAAGUGAGACCGACAAAGAUUCGGGACUAAAACCAACUCUAAGACAAAUUCUGAAUGCAUCAAGGAGGGGUAUAAAUUGGGAACAGGUCAUCCAACAUGUAACCAAGAAAAAGCAGGAACUAGGCAAAGGUCUGCCAAGGUUUGGUAUAGAAAUGGUGGCGCAUGUUCAAAGUGAACAAGAAGGUCUUGACUUUGAUGAGGAUACAGAACUGAGUAUUGAAAACUUCCCCUGGGAGGGCAUCUGUGCAAGGAAGCGGAGCCUCUCUGAAAGCAGUAUAGCUAUAGACAAAGUCUCGGUCUAUGAUAUUUUUAAUGGCCGUGAAUCUGAAUCGUGUAGAGAACGAAGCAUUGCCACAAUCCAAGGCACACUGGAACAAAUGGGACCAAAUGCAAGUUCCACAUUUAUGCUACAACCUAAAAAAGAAGAUGACGAUGUUCCUAUAUCAUUUGCAACUAAUUUUAAUGCUCAAUCUGACCUCCCAUUAGCUGAAACAUUUCAGAGUCAAAAUAUUGCAACAGCAGACUGUCCAUGCACGUUACAGAGUGCGAAUGAGGAUGUGCAUCAACGUGCUGGUGAUGCUUCGGCUGUUAGCCCAAAUAUGGAUGCUGGUACUGAUAGCUGUACUUCUGGCACAGAACUGAAUGAUGGACAAGGGACUGGAAAGAAAAGAAGAGCAACUGGGGAUGCUUCGUAUUCUGAGAUACCAUGUUUAGAAAGAAAAACGAAAAGAAGAAAAAUCAGAGGGAGAAAAGAACGCUCACAGGUGGAUCAACUUCUCAACAUCUCGCUAAGAGAAGAACAGCUUAAUAACUCACUGCUGAGUGUGGAUAAUGACCUCCAUCAAUCACGAGCUACACUUCAGGCUGCCUAUUUGGAAGUUCAACGUCUACUAGUGCUAAAACAGCAGAUCACAUCAGAAAUGAGUAAGAUGAGAACACAGCGAAUUCACAUUCUCCAAGGACUACAAGGGUCGUAUGAGCCAGCAAAUGAAUGCAACCCUAGGCCACAGGCAUCAGUUGUGUCCCCUGGAAGUGCUUUUAAUCAUCUUGUGGAGACGCCACCAUAUGAUGCACCUUGUGUGGCACCGAGAAGCAGCUUUGUACCUUCUCCAGUUCAGUCCGUCACACCACCUAAUUUUGCUACACCUGAUUCAUCGGUCAUAAUUAAACAAGAGCCAAUGUCACACGAAGGAGAAGAAAAAAGCAUAAGCACAGCAGCAGACUGUCCUGUGACAUCCCCUAUGUCCAUUGCUACAGUAUGUCUUUCUGAACAAGCAAAUACUUUACCCAUGGUUAAGAAUAAAUCCCUUCAAAAGCCAAGAAUUUCAGAGACCCCACCUCCAGCAUCAGAAUUAUUACCAGUUAAUUGCAAACAGGAAAGAUACAGUUCAGACUAUACUACUUUAACCGAGAAAACAUCUCCACUUGAAGCACUUUCUAUGCCAACCUGUCCACAAAAAACAAACAAUAACUCGACAGGCCAAGCAACAGAGCAGCCGGUUGAAUCAACCCUUGCUGUGAUGGAGACCAGAUCUGCGAAGAAAAAGAAAAAGCUCAGAAAAAAGAAAACCUUACGCGCUGCACAUGUUCCUGAGAAUAGCGACACAGAGCAGGACAUCUACACUGGCAAGCCAGUGCGCAAAGUUAGGAGCAGAAGAUGUUCCAAGGAAACUGUUGUCAGCACUUCUACUUCUCUAGAACAAGAGCUUGAUGCUACAACUCAAGAAAUUGAGCAAAACAAAGACAACAAUGAAAGUGAUUCCAAUGUGGAAAUCGUCGAAAUUCCACUUCGCCAGUUUGAGGUAGUGCCAAUCGAUUGUGAUUCUGAGGAUUAUUAUGAUGAUGAAGAAAAGCCAGACAGUCCUUUUAAUAUGGACGUGGUAAACUCGAGGCAAAUUCAUUCAGAUGCAAAUGAAGUGACUUCAACCAGUGAAAUUGGGACCAACUUCAGGGAGGAGUCUUUGACAAGCUCAACUGAAUAUCGAAGAGUAUCCCUCAGAGGAUCAAAAAAUUCCUCAGCAGAGGUAUCAUCUGAACCUGGGGAAGAUGAAGAACCUACAGAAGGCAAGUUUGAAGGGCACACAGCUUCUGUAAAUACUAUCCAAAUAUUUGGAGGAUUGCUCUACACCUGCUCUGCUGACAAAACUGUCCGAGCUUAUAACCUUACGACUCGACAGUGUGUGGCAGUCUUCGAGGGACACACAUCAAAGGUGAACUGCCUUGUUGUCACAUGUAUGCCUAGGAAGACUGCAUCACUCUUCACAGGUUCCAGUGACCACACCAUCCGAUGCUAUUCUGUAAAGUCUCGGGAAUUUCAGGCAGAGUGGAACGUUGGAGAGAGAGUCCUCUGCUUUCAUACACGAUGGAAAACACUUUUUGCUGGUCUUGCGAAUGGCAAUGUAGUCACGUUUUCUGUUAAGAGUAAGAAGCAGAUUGAUGUUUUUGAAUGCCACGGUCCCCGGGCAGUGAGCUGCAUGGCAACAGCACAAGAGGGGGCUCGAAAACUACUGCUCGUUGGAUCCUAUGACUGUACCAUCAGUGUUAGAGAUGCCUGCAAUGGAUUGCUACUACGCACCUUAGAAGGCCACACAAAAACUGUCCUUUGUAUGAGGGUUGUCAAUGAUCUCGUCUUCAGUGGAUCCAGUGAUCAGUCUGUCCAUGCUCACAAUAUUCAUACGGGAGAGCUGGUGCGCAUUUACAAAGGUCAUAACCAUGCAGUGACGGUGGUUUGCAUCUUGGGAAAAGUUAUGGUAACUGCCUGCUUGGAUAAAUUUGUCCGUGUUUAUGACCUUCAGUCACAUGAACGUUUGCAAGUAUAUGGAGGACAUUCAGACAUGAUCAUGUGUAUGACAAUUCAUAAGAACAUGAUCUACUCGGGCUGUUAUGAUGGUAGUGUCCAGGCUGUGCAUCUGAACCUGCUGCAGAAUUUUCGCUGCUGGUGGCAUGGAUGUUCUCUGACAUUCGGUGUUGUGGACCAUCUGAAACAGCAUCUGCUCACUGACCAUACCAACCCAAACUUCCAGACACUAAAAUGCAGAUGGAAAAACUGUGACUUCACAGCCCGGAGAGGUUCCAAGCAGGAUGCUGUAGGACACAUUGAACAUCACGCAGAGGAAUGCAACCAUAUAAACGCAUAAACAAGCACAUUACCUCCCAUAUUGGGAAGCCUUUCAUAAGCAGCAGCAUCAAGAAAGAAUCUGCCUAAAAAGACUGUUCUGAAGCCUCCUGAAGUAUCUGCUUCCCUAUAUGUUGGGCAGGUCACAGCACAAGACAGCAGACAAAAAGGCUAAAACUUGUUUUUAUUAAUAGCUCAAUAAUCCUGUGUCUGUUUUUUUUCCGUGCCAUAAUUAUAGCAAACGUUUUUAUUUCAUGGGCACAGCAUGAAAAAAAACAUGUCUCUCUUUACUGGCCGUGCUUCUUUUUCCAAUGAGAAGCCUGAAAUAUUUUUUUAUGAUUCCUUUUGGGCCGUAAGAGAUUUUUUUUAACCUUUUAUUUCCUUAUUGUUACCAUAAAAACUAUUAAAAUACUAAUUUAUACAAUGCAAAAUUUAUAGGUGCAUUUAUUAAGAAGAUUGAAAUUUUAAUUAAACAUUAUCCAGAUCAACCCAUCUUUUUUGGGGAUCAUGGGUGGAUGAAGUAAUUAGAAGAAAAGCAUCCAGUAAUUUAACAUUAGCUUUUAAGGGAUUGAUUCAUUAUACAUUUAAUAUUUUUUUUAUUUUUUUUUACCAUUCUUCAUCUAGAAAGGCCUGUAUAAGAGAGACCUGUAUUGAAUCACAUUUAAGGUCUUAUACAAGCCUUCUGUUUGAUAUACCUUUAAAAUAUAACUUUUCACGUGUGGCACUCUAGCAGGAUCACAGUGUGGUAAGUUAGGCCAUAGAUUUAGCAAAUUGUACAGCUUUCAUUGUAUUUUAUUUCUAUCUCUGGUAUUAGCUUGGCAUUCAGACAAGUUAUCGUAAUACUGUACAAAUGCUCUAAAGCUAUCAGUUUCAUGUUAUCUCAAUACUGUACAUAUACUGUGAGCCAAUCAAUUCAUCUAUUGGCAGAAUAGGUGGACACUGGAUUUAUUUUAUCAGUAUUGAUUAAUUGAUAACCUCCCCUCCCCUUACUAUGCUGUAUUCUUUGCAGUGCACUGGGGACGCAGAACACGUAUACGAUUUGUAAUGUUACUUGUGAUCUGAGUUUGUUCUAGCCAGUGCAGUUUGGAUGAGGGGGGGUGGAACAGAAGUUCAGUGGUCUGUUUGUUCACUGUACCUACCUUACUAACUAACUUCAUUGAGAGAAGAGACUUGGGUGAGUACCACCAUGCACUAUACCUGGAUAGUCAUUGCUAGGAUUUUAAUCUAUGAAUUCUUUAUCUUUGAGCAAUUUAUUGGCUCUGAGCUGGUGUUGCUGUGAAUGGUUACAUUUUUUUUUUUUGAAUAUGUAAGUCUGAAUAUCAUUCAGAAGCUGAAGAUACAUCAUGUUCAAAAUAGAUAAAAAGACAUUGAUGUGCACUUCUAAUGAUGUCAGGUACAACUAGUUCAAUAACAGAGUUUUGUUUCAAACUUUUCACUUUGUGUGUGAGUGGGAAUGGAUAUGUUUUUGUGUUUAACCUAAUAAUGUUUUCUUAUUUUGUGAGACAAACAAUCCUAUUGAUUAGAGCAGAUUUCUCAAGGUAAAAAACAUUUGUCUGCAGUUUGAGUAGUGACCUAGUGGUCGUACUAUUUCUCUACAGCAUCUGGGAAAAUUGCAUUACUAAUAAUUACAUUAUUAGUGUAAGGCUGUGGGCACACAGGCUGAAGGCUCUGCUCCUCUCUGCACAUUUUAAUGCGCAGGCUGAGAGCAGCGGAACCUUCAGCCUGUGUGCCCACAGCAUAACUACUAUAGGCUUGUUGCAAGAAUUUGACUUAAUGCCCCCCCUCCUUAAAAUCAUGUCCCCAAUUACUGCCAAUUUCUUAAACUUGACCCUUCGUCCAGUGAUAUCCCUCAAAUCUUGCAAGGGGAAUUUAGAUUCAGUUCUGCAGUGUUUGUUCAGCUGUACGGGAGGGGAGGGUAACUGAUUUUGGGGUUUUUCAGUACAGCUCAGUCGCACUGUAGUACCAGCAGUAUGACUACCCUAUCGGUUAAAGAUCAAACACAUUAAAUCGGCUUUUCUAGUACUUUGUAGUAACUUGUGAUACUACAAGUUACUAGAAAAGAUUUA